AUGGAUUCUGGAACUGUCCUGCAGCGCAAGUUCGUUGGCGUGAAUUACUGGAAAUAUGGAAGUGUUUUGGUGAAUUUGAGGAAGCUGACAUUCAUGUCUGGGUUUUUGCUUUUCGGCUGCCAGCCUGUUUACGGGCAGCUUGACCGGCUGCUAAAGCGUGGCUUACUGCGAACGAGUCAACCGAAGUGGUCCAAGCGAGUGUCGUUGCAGCCGCAAACGAGUUGUGGCGCUUUGUGGUGGCGUCGACCACCCACUUAA